AAAAAAAAUUUUCACUUUAAUUUCAGUAUUUUUGAUAUCUUAUUACAAUUUUUGCCUCGUUGGAUAUGACGGAAGUCACAGGCCCUGAUGUUUGAUGAAAAUAGUGUAGGGUAGGCUAUAUGUUGUCAGCUGCUACUGCAGCAGAAAAACAGAUCGAACAUUUUGCCAGACAGUAUCGAACAGGCAUCGACUUUGCAAUGAAAUCAGAUUUGAAUCCAGCAUACAUUCAGUGCUUAUUGGUCUGAUGACUUUAUAUCAAGAAGACGAUAACCAAGCUAUCACUUGGUAUCAAUACAGAUUGCCUAUUUUAAGUAAAGACCCACAUGUGGUCUAACCUGGUCUGAUGUAUUCCAGUCUCCUUAGAUAGGGGGAACUGUUUCCAAAAUGAGCCUCUCAGGGGAGCCAGAGACCAAAGAAGAGAUCCUCAGCACUGACAGAAAGAGAGUCCAGGCAGAAAGAGCAGGGUCACCUGCACCCAGCUGUCUGUCUAUGAAGAGUGAAGAAUCUUUGGGUCAUUUAAUCAACUUCAAAGGAGAGUCCACUGUUGAUCAAAGGGUCCAGACAGAAAGAGCAGGGUCACCUGCACCCAGCUGUCUGUCUAUGAAGAGUGAAGAAUCAUUGGGUCAUUUAACCAACUUCAAAGGAGAGUCCGCUGUUGAUCAAAGGGUCCAGGCAGAAAGAGCAGGGUCACCUGCACCCAGCUGUCUGUCUAUGAAGAGUGAAGAAUCAUUGGGUCAUUUAAUCAACUUCAGAGGACAGUCCACUGUUGAUCAAAGGGUCCAGGCAGAAAGAGCAGGGUCACCUGCACCCAGCUGUCUGUCUAUGAAGAGUGAAGAAUCAUUGGGUCAUUUAAUCAACUUCAAAGGAGAGUCCACUGUUGAUCAAAGUAUCCAGCAGUCACUGGAGUCCCACUCUUUAGAUAAGAGUUCAGUGAAAUCAUUUUCCGCAAAACAGUCUCUCCUGCGCACUCUGAUGAAGCUGAAGAAGGAUGGAAAGUUGAAACUGUUUCAGAGCCAUCUGAGUCAGGAUUGCCCAGAAUGCUUUAAGAGUCUGUCUGAAGAUUCUUCUGUCCUGGUUAAGUUUAUGAAGAUGAAGGAAUUAUUCAAAAGUCAUCGAAUUGAAGGUUACCCUGAAUGCACUGAGAGAGAGCAAGAGGUUCCUGAGGCCCUGUACAUAGUUGAGAAGUUGCUGGAGACCUGUGGCAAUGAGAGGUCUCUCAAGAUCACCCUCCACAUCCUGAAGAACAUGAAGCAGAAGGAUAUCGCCGACUCACUGGAGAGAGAUGAGCAGCACAAUGAACCCAUAAAAAGAGCCCAGCAGGAACUGAAAACUCAUCUGAAGAAGCAGUUUGAAUGCAUAUUUGAAGGUUUAGCAAAGCAGGCCAACCAAACCCCUUUGAAUGAUAUCUAUACAGAGCUCUACAUCACAGAGGGGGGAAGUGGGGGGGUUAAUAAUGAACACGAGGUCAGACAGAUUGAGACAGCAUCCAAGAGACAAACCACACAGGAGACUGCAAUCCUCUGCAAUGACAUCUUUAAGCCUUUACCUGGACAAAAGAAACCCAUUAGAACUGUGCUUACAAAGGGCAUUGCUGGCAUUGGGAAAACUAUUUCUGUGCAGAAGUUCAUUCUGGACUGGGCAGAAGGAAAAGCCAAUCAGGAUGUUGAUUUCAUCUUCACUCUUCCUUUCCGAGAUCUGAAUUUGAAGAAGGAAAGAGCAUUCAGUCUGAUGCAACUUCUGCAUCACUAUUUUCCACAACUGAAAGAGAUAAAAAGUAUUGAAGGUGAUAAAGUCAAAGUUGUGUUUAUCUUUGAUGGUUUGGAUGAGUGUCGACUUCCUCUUCAUUUCCAAAGCAAUAAGUUCUGCUGUGAUAUAACAGAAUCAUCAUCAGUGGAUGUGUGGCUGACCAACCUCAUUAAGGGAAAUCUGCUUCCCUUUGCUCUCCUCUGGAUCACCUCCCGACCAGCAGCAGCCAGUCAGAUCCUUCCUGACUGCGUCCAACGAAUGACAGAGAUACGAGGGUUCAAUGACCCACAGAAGGAGGAGUACUUCAGGAAGAGAAUCAGAGAUCAGAACCAGGCCAGCAGAAUUAUCUCACACAUAAAGUCAUCCAGGAGUCUCUACAUCAUGUGUCACAUACCAGUCUUCUGCUGCAUUUCUGCUACUGUUUUGGAGACAAUGUUGGGUAAAGUAGAGAGUGGAGAUCUGCCCAAAACACUUACUGAAAUGUACACACACGUUCUACUCAUUCAGACUAAUGUGAAGAAACAGAAGUAUCAUGGCACCAAUGAGACAAACUCAAAGAAGAUGUCAGCAUCAGAUACAGAAAUAAUCCUGAAACUGGGACAGCUGGCUUUUCUACAGCUGGAAAAGGGCAAUCUGAUAUUCUAUGAAGAGGACCUGAGAGAGAGCGGCAUUGAUGUCAGUGAAGCUUCAGUGUACUCUGGGGUGUGCACAGAGAUCUUUAAAGAGGAGUGUGGGUUGGAUCAGGAGAAGGUCUACUGCUUUGUGCAUCUGAGCAUUCAGGAGUAUCUGGCUGCCUUGUUUGUGUUUCAUUCAUGUGUAAAUGAGAACAGAAAUGUAUUUAGAACAGAAGAAUCAAAAUCUCUCAGUGAGAGAGUUGAGCUGUCUGAGUUACACAGGAGUGCAGUGGAUCAGGCCUUAGAGAGUAAGAAUGGACACCUGGACCUUUUCAUCCGAUUCCUUCUUGGCCUCUCACUGGACUCCAUUCAGACUCUUUUAGGAGGUCUACUGACACAGACAGGAAGCAAAUCUGAUGGAGGAAGAUACAAAACGAGGCCCAGUUUAUUUCUCAGUCUAUGGUCUGAAAGCAGAUCAUUGAGCAUUGACAUAACAGUCCAAUACAUUCAGGAGAAGAUCAGGGAGGAAUCUUCAGCCGAGAGGAUCAUCAAUCUGUUCCACUGUCUCAAUGAACUGAAUGACAACUCUCUUGUGGAGGAAAUCAUGAAUGCCCAGGCAUCAGGAAAACUUUCUGAUAAAGAGCUGGAACCACACCAAUGUUCAGCUCUGGCCUUUGUGUUACUGAUGUCAGAGAAGAUCCUGGAUGAGUUUGACUUGAAGACCUACAACACAUCAGCAGCAGGUCAUCAGAGACUGGUACCAGUAGUCAGGAGCUGCAGGAAGGCCAUACUGAACAGCUGUGGCCUCACAGAGAAGUCCUGUGAUAUUGUGGCCUCAGCUCUCCAGUCAUCAAACUCACCCCUGAGAGAUCUGGACCUCAGCUACAAUAACCUGGGAGAUUCAGGAGUGAAGCUGCUCUAUGCUGGACUGAUGAGUCCAAACUGUAAACUACAGAGACUGAGACUGAACAGCUGUGACCUCACAGAGGAGUCCUGUGCUAUUGUGGCCUCAGCUCUCCAAUCAUCAAACUCACCCCUGAGAGAUCUGGACCUCAGCUACAAUAACCUGGGAGAUUCAGGAGUGAAGCUGCUCGGUGCUGGACUGAUGAGUCCAAACUGUAAACUACAGAGACUGGGACUGAACAGCUUUGGCCUCACACAGAAGUCCUGUGAUAUUGUGGCCUCAGCUCUCCAGUCAUCAAACUCACCCCUGACAGAUCUGGACCUCAGCUACAAUAACCUAGGAGAUUCAGGGGUGGAGCUGCUCUAUGCUGGACUGAUGAGUCCAAACUGUGAACUACAGAGACUGGGGCUGGGUUGGUGUAAACUCACAGAGGGCUGCUGUGAUGUUCUGGCCUCAGUCCUGUGUUCUCCUCCCUCAAAGCUGAGAGAUUUGGAGCUCAGGGACAAUGAGCUGCAGGAUUCAGGAGUGAGAGCGCUCUCUGCUGGACUGAAGGACCCACACUGUAAACUGCACAGACUGGGGCUGUCAGGCUGUAGAGUCACACAGAGAGGCUGUGAUUCUCUGGCUUCAGCUCUGUGUUCAAACCCCUCACACCUGAGAGAGCUGGAUCUGAGAUACAAUCACCCAGGAGACUCAGGAGUGAGAGCACUGUCUGCUGCUAAACUGGACACACUCACACUGCUUGUGGACCAUGGAGGACAGAACAGGACCAAACCAGGACCCAGGAAAUACGGCUGUCAGCUCACACUGGAUCCAGACACUGCGAACAGAUACCUGUCUCUGUCUGAGGGGAACAGGAAGGCGACAUACGCAUGGGAGAUAGGGGAGCAGCCAUUUCCUGAUCAUCCGGAGAGAUUUGCAUACGAGCCACAGGUUUUAUGCAGAGACAGUGUGUGUGAGCGCUGUUACUGGGAGGCUGAGUUGAGUGAGUGGGGAAAAGUUUCAGUAGCAGUGACAUACAAAGGAAUCAGCAGGAAAGGACGGGAUUCUGACUGUAUGUUUGGAUGGAAUAAAAACUCCUGGAGUCUUGAGUGCAAUAAACGCAGUUACUCUGUCUGGCACAAUAAAAACCAAACACUCAUACCUGCCCCCCCCUCCCCCUAUCGCAGAGCAGGAGUGGGUGAUGAUGGUGCUGGUAAAAAUGUGUGUCUGUACAGGGUAGGAGCGUGUUUGGACUGUCCGACCGGCACUCUGUCCUUCUACAGCAUCUCUGACUCUGACACACUGACCCUCCUGCACAGAUUCCGCACACAUUUCACUCAACACACAUUCCUCUGUGCUGGAUUCAGAGUGUGUGGCUCUUCAGUGUCCCUCUGCCAUGUGGAGUAGAAAAACACACACACACUCUGUCAUAUUCGCACACACACACACACACACGCACACACACACCUACGCACACAUGCACACACACACACACACUCUCAUAUUCACCCACAUACACGGACAUGCACACACACCUACACACACACUCUCAUAUUCACCCACAUACACACACAUGCACACACACGCACCUACACACACAUGCACACACACACACACACACACACACACACACGCACACAGUCUCUCAUAUUCACACACACACACACACACACACACACACACACUCUCUCACAUACACACACACACACUCUCAUAUUCACCCACACACACACACACACACGCACACACAUGCACACACACACACACUCUCUCAUAUUCACCCACACACACACACCUACACACACAUCCACACACACACACACUCUCUCAUAUUCACCCACAUACACACACAUGCACACACACCUACACACACACGCACCUACACACACAUGCACACACUCUCUCAUAUUCACACACACACACACACAUGCACACACACACACACACUCUCUCACAUUCACACACACACUCUCUCUCUCUCAUUCAUCCACACACACACACACACGCACACACAUGCACACACACACACACACACUCUCUCAUAUUCACCCACACAUGCACACACACACGCACUCUCUCUCAAAAUCAAGUGGUAAUGACAUUCUGUGAAUAUUAUUUUAUGUAUCAAAAUACUGGACAAAGCAGUACAUGUACAAGCUGAUUAAAAAAUGUUCACCAGUAAGAUACAUUAGAUAUGUUAGACUUGCAAUCGCUCAAUUAUGUUGGUGUGAAUUAAUACAUAUACAUAGAUAUUAGUAAUGAUUAAUACUUGUUUCACGCAAAUGAUAAUUAUUUCUACAUUUUUGUGUUAUGUUGAUUUUAUGUUUGAUACAUAUUACAUUUAUUAUGGCAAAAAGAGAGAUUGUUGUAAAAUAUUGCAUUAAUAAUCAAACUCUGUUUAUAAAGGCAGCCAGUCCAGAAUUUGUACCAGUACUGUUGCUGUCAAAGAUUGUUGAGUUUAGUGUCAUUCUUCUCAUUACAGAUGGGUGUAAGAAAAAGAAUGAAAUACAGGCGCACAACGCAGUAUAAGAACUGCAGUAACUAAUU